CAAACUUCUAGCUUAUUCAGCUCGACUUGUCCAUUAUUCAAAGGUCGCAUUGGCUCAUCAGCACAUCUCCUCUUUUGAGGCCAUCUGAUGCCAUUGCCUCCUUCCUCUUCUCUUUUCUUUCCUUCCUUCCUUUGCUCAUUGUCAAAACAGGACAUUCGACAUUUAUUCACUCAUUCAUUAUCAUUCAUCACCAUCAUCAUCGUUAUCAUCAUCAUCAUCAUCAUCAUCUUGUUUACUCCUUUUAAUUCUUUAUCCUCUCCAACGGACCUUUUCCCCCUUUAACUGGCGCUGCUGGACCAGCUCCGAAACUUUGUUCACCCUUUUUAAUUUCUUAUACACAACUUGGGCCCAACAUGAAAAAUAAUAGCGCUGGUAGUUUACCAUAUCAUUCUGCGUCGAGUCCAAGGCGGGGAAUCUUCUAUCAGGCUCGUCGUUUUAGCCGUGGAAGAGCACUACUUCUCGUUUGUCUCGGAGUGAUUACUUUGCUCGCUCUCACUCGUAUCUCCAGCCAAGCUUCUUUUUCUUCUUCAUAUGAUUCUCAGACAUCCGUUGACGAGUCCGAACGAGAGUCUACGACGGAGGCAGAACGGGAACAGAUCGUGAAGCAGAUCCUAGAGACUAGGAAAUCUGCUUAUAGUUUUGAAGAUUUUACAGAGGAAGGGCUAGUUUUAGAAGAGAAUGCUCAUUUGCUCCCUGCGACUGCUAUCUUACUGGGCUGGAAGAGAUUAGAGGGACUAAAGUUGAUCGUCAAGUAUCUGGCACGGUAUCCGUAUAUUAAAGAGAUCAUUGUCUGGAACAAUAAUAAGGAAAUCCGAUUGACGAAACAGGAUUUUGAAUUCGAUUCCAGUUUUGGGCCUUUACCAGAGUUGCAGGUCUACAAUGGCAAGGAGAAUUUACAUGAUUUUGCAAAGUACAUGUCGUGCUCACUAGCGAAAUAUCAGCAUUGUUAUUUCCAGGACGAUGACUGGCUCAAUACACAUAUGGAUGCACUUUAUACCAACUUUUUGACCAGCCCCAACUUGAUCCAUACCAACACCUUGCCUUUGAUCCAUAUGGAGCAUCGUCGAUGGACAUUCACAAAUCUUGAUUAUAAGAUGCAUACAGGAUUUUCAUGGAUGGGUACUGGUUCUUAUGUCCCUAGAGAAAAAGCGAAACAGCUAUUGGAACAAGGAGGCAAUAGCAACUUGGCCAAGGAUCGGCUGAAGGUGAUUGACAUGUAUUUUUCUAUCUGGACGAACCAGUAUCCAUAUCAACUUGUCAAUUAUCUUACACCACUCGAUCAAAAGAACGGAUGGAGUACUGACGGUGCUACUGACCACUGGGCGAUUGUCUUCAGGAACAUGUUGGAUGCAGCAAGUCGUUUAUACUCUGCAUUGGUGGCAAACCCCGAGGUUUCUGAGAAGGAUUACUUUCCACGAGAUGAAGAGCAGCCCUUUAUCAAUGAGCGUCAUGCACGAUCGCCGUGUUUCAAUGAUAAAUGCCUUUUCAAGACCAGUAUGGAUCCAUUCCCAGAGCCAAAAGAAGUUGUCUACACGGGUGAUUUGCAGACGAUUGACGAACAAAAUGCAAAGUUCUUUGAGCUCGAGUACCCCAGCAACGAGUUCUUUAGCAAGUAUUCAUACAUCCAUGCUGUUGACAACAAUCCUCUGACAUGCUGGAACAGUUUUAAAAUUCCACAGGCAGGAGACUCCUUUGGACUACAAUUUGUGAAGACGACGCCAUUGCGCAAGUUCACGAUUACAUCUUCGAAACCAUUGGGACAUUUGGAGGGCAAGUUUACGGUGAUGGUAUCAGACCAAGCAGGGGCUGAAUGGACAACAUGUCAUUAUUCGACACGGUUUCCAUUUUCACAUACGAUGGCCUUGGAUAUCUCAUGUCCUGCAGCGCCGGGACUUCCUAGAGGCACUGCACAUAAUGUCAAGAUUCAGUUUAAUCAAAAUCUAGAGAAAUCUUUGGAGAUUUGUGGCAUGGAUGUGGGUGGUAUAGUUCUUUGAAUACUAUUUUUAUUGAAAUCAAAAAGUUUAAAAAAAAGGGGGGGGGGAUAAAUAGAUGUUAUAAAUAAGUAAUGAUUACAAAGGAUAGAAAAAGG